AGUAAAAAGCGCGGUGGUACCCAAAUCUAGGGUUUUGUUUUGGGGGAAGCGUUCUCUUCGACCUUUUCGCGAGCACGUAGUGAGCAACAAUGGCGGAGCCGAGCCGAGAACUCUUGGAUCAACCUUCGAAACCCUCUCUCCUUGAUACUCUCCUUUUGGGUAACAAACAUCAAGAGGGAGAAGAGGGUUCAAAACGAAGACCACUCACCAUGCCGACUCCUAAGAGCCAAGUUCUUGGAAGAGUGAAGGACUUUUUGGGAGAAAUGGCGAAAGCUAACGAAAAAUUGAAGCUUGAUUUGCGAGAGCAAUCUCCUGCAGAUUUCGAUAUAGAAGUGCUCACUGGGAACGAAAAGGAAUAUAUCGAGAUGGAUCUGCUUCUCGGAGUAGCAGAUCUUCAUACUGCUGAAGCUGAAGCUGCAGCAGAAGCUGCCAUGAAUGGUUUCCGGCCAUUAAUUCAGACAGGUACCAGUAGCUCCUCUUCCACUGACGACGACAGCGAUGAAGAUGAUGGCGACAAUGAGAAUGGUAACUUAGCGACGUCGAAAUUGGAUGUACCUGAGAAAUCAGAUUCUGCGAUUGGCGAUACAGUGGUGAGAAAUAGGCCUAAAAAGAGGCCGAAGAUUAUCGAGCUUAAUUAGAGGAUUUAUUUCGAAACAAAUUAAGAUCGUAUUGUUAGGGGGGUAAUAUUUUUCUCUCCCUUUUUCUUUUUUGUAUUUUUGCGAUAGUUUUAGUAACUAAGAUUGCGAAUAGAGGAGAAAUAUUUUUAAUGUGGAACUUUUUUCAUGCAAUUCUAGGUUUCAUAUACAGCUCAUGCAGUGGAACUAAAUCUUAAGGUUGUAUUAAUGUUGUUUGUAAAAUUAUCAAGGGUUUAAUUUUACUGAAUGUUUAGGAAGCAGAAUUUAUGUUCUUCUCUUCCGCAAUUUCAUUUUUA